UUUGGCGGAACUGUAAAGCGACUCUGUGCCUCUUUGGCCCACGUGUGUUUGUUUGGGCUCUUUUUCACCCACAAUGCAGUCUGGGACCCCGACCCCGCCCACAUUGGUGGAGAAUGCGGGCAACGCCCCUAGGGCGGGGCCUCCGUCGAGCCAGGAACAGCUGUUUCUCUGGUUUGCAGAACAGCAGCAACUUCUGUUGCAACAUGUUUCCGCCCAACAAACUAGAGUUAUGGAGCAAGUUUGUAGUGCACAACAGCAAGCACAAGAGCAGUUGGUAGCCCGUUUGGCUGAUUUAUGGCGAGCUCCAAGGCCUGAUGGAGCUGGAGAAAGGGAACGGGGCCUGACUUGGACUGUAGGGUUAAACCCCUUAAAAUUAAUGAAAAUGGGGCCCCAGGACGACGUCGAAGCAUUCUUGAAUACCUUCGAACGGGUAGCCUCUGCGGCUCAGUGGCCUAGGGAACAGUGGGCCCUCAUACUAACCCCUUGCCUCACGGGGCCAGCACAGGAAGCGGUGGAUACCAUGUCAGUAGAGGAUGCUAAAGACUACCAGAAGGUUAAAGAAACCAUCCUCCAGACAUUAAAUAUCUCCGAAGAAACUUAUAGACGGAGGUUAAGAGAAUUAAAGUGGAAGCCGGGUAUCCAUCCGCGUACAUUAGGACAAAAAGUAAGGGCUUGCGGCUUGAGGUGGCUAAAGCCCACGGAGCGUUCGGCGGUACAAGUGGCGGAAGCUGUAUUGGUGGAGCAAUUUAUUACAGCUUUACCCCUGCAGGCGAGGAAUUGGGUAAGGUGCCAUAGACCUACCGACCUGGAGGCCGCGGUGGGGCUAAUGGAGGCAUUCACGGCGGCGGAGGAAAGUGAGGGCACAAGAAUUUAUAGAGGAGCGGAAGGGAUUCCCCUGAGAGGAGGAAAAGUUGCUGCAACCGUAGGUCGAGGAGGAAUUCGGAGCAUCCCCAACAUGCCGCAGAGGACUGCCGAGUCAGGAACAGGGCCGAAACCCGAGCCGACAGAACCCCGCCGAGAAGCAGAGAAAGGGGGAAGAGAGAUAGCUCGGAAACCGCCGGUGUGUUUCACUUGCGGCAUGGAGGGCCAUAUCAGGAAGGAUUGCCCGGUGAUGGAGUGCUCGUGGGCUGACUCUUGGGAGGCUUCUCAGGCGUGGAGGGUACGAGAGGCCCUGUUUGGGGAAGUGGAAGAGGGUUCUGAAGAGGAUGAGGAGUGGAUGAUAGGGCCACAAGCAGAAGAAUUUCGCCAGACAGGAGAUAUCCCUAUCAAAUCACCCUUGCAACAGGAACAAUUAAACCAG